AUGGAGUCUUCAUCUAAAGAGAAGGCUCAAUUCUUCUCAAUACCCAUGAUAUUGUCCAUUGACAGAUCUUCCUCAUGAACAGAACCUUCCACAUCGAAGGAAAAAAGAACAUUAUGUGGAAGAAUUAAGAAUUUAGCUUUAAUUAACUUGGUGGGAUUAAUACUCCAGCACUUGCAUUUGAAAGGAUGUGUUCAGACAGUUGCAAUUCUCGGUCCCAUUUUGGGGUUUCUUUUGGGAUCCUUGUAUGCCAAGCUGUAUGUGGACAUUGGCUUCGUAGACAUGGGCACCCUAGCCAUCACUCACAAAGACCCACACUGGGGAGGAGCUUGGUGGCUUGGCUACUUAAUUGCUGGGGUGGUUAGCAUCCUUGCUGCAAUCCCCUUCUGGUUCUUACCCAAGCAUCUUCCAAGGCCUGAGAUCUGAAAAGAUUCUACUGAGCAAUCCAGGUUCAUUGCAGAAGAGAACAAGGACUGUUGUGCCACUUGCCAAACCCACUUCAAUUUUUUCAAGAUGGCAAAAGAGUUCCUGUCUUCCUUGAAAAGCCUCCUUGGAAAUCCAGUUUACUGCUUAUAUCUCUGCUCUAGCAUCAUCCAAUUCAAUUCUCACAUUGGCAUGGUGACCUAUAAGCCAAAAUAUAUUGAACAACAGUUUGGACAAUCAUCUUCCAAGACCAAUUUUAUCAUAGGUCUCAUCAACAUUCCUGCUGUAGCUCUUGGGAUGUUCUCUGGAAGCUUGCUCAUGAAGAAGUUCAGGCUGAACAUGUUGGGGGCAGCCAAGGUCUCCUUGAUCUCGUCCUUCUUUGGUUACCUACUGCUCCUCACCCUUUUCACAAAUGGUUGCAAAAAUGCAGAGGUGGCAGGCUUGACCAUCUCCUAUGAGGGAUAA